AUUCUUCUUCACACAGCGCUAGCUUCACAAGCACACCACCUACCUCCUCGCUAGCUAGCUCGAUCGCUUCCGGUCAAGCUCGAGCUAGGCGUUCUCGCGUUCAUGGCGUCCGGGCAGCACCAACCCACCGUGCCGAGGUGGAAGCCGAGCCCGCCGCGGCCGCAGGGCCGCGAGGCCGACGACGUGGACCAGCCGCCGCAGUUCGACGCCGUCUCUGACAUGAGCGCCUCCGUGCGCAGCACCGACGGGUUCCCCUUCGGCAGCGGCCGCUCCUCGUUCGCGCCGCCGCCGUUCCUGCCGGCGCGGCAGCCGUCGCUGGAGAUCAGCGCGGCGGAGAACGGCGGCGGCGGCGGCGUCGCCCGCGAGCCGUCGUUGCGCCGGCCGGACCAGGGCGUCGUCCUCGCGUGGGAGGACCUGUGGGUGUCCGCCGCCGGCGGGAAGAGCGGCCGUGUCCCCAUCCUCUGCGGCCUCAACGGCUACGCGCGCCCCGGCGAGGUGCUCGCCAUCAUGGGGCCCUCCGGCUGCGGCAAGUCCACACUUCUUGAUGCGUUGGCAGGAAGGUUAGGUUCCAGUGUGAGCCAGAAGGGGGACAUCCUGAUCAAUGGCCGGAGGCAAGCGCUGGCGUUCGGCACGUCGGCGUACGUGACGCAGGACGACGUGCUGAUGAACACGCUGACGGUGCGGGAGGCGGUGCGGUACUCGGCGCAGCUGCAGCUGCCGAGCGGGAUGAGCGCGGCGGCGAAGCGGGAGCGGGCGGAGGAGACGCUGCGGGAGAUGGGGCUGGAGGGCGCGGCGGACACGCGGAUCGGCGGGUGGGCGCACAAGGGGAUCAGCGGCGGGCAGCGGCGGCGGGUGAGCAUCUGCAUGGAGAUCCUCACGCGGCCGGCGCUGCUGUUCCUCGACGAGCCCACCAGCGGCCUCGACAGCGCCGCGUCGUACCACGUCGUCAGCCGCAUCGCCCGCAUGGCGCGCCGCGAGGGCAUGACCGUCGUCGCCGCCGUGCACCAGCCCAGCACCGAGGUGUUCGGCCUCUUCCAUGGCCUCUGCCUCCUCGCCUACGGCAAGACCGUCUUCUUCGGCCCCGCCGCCGACACCGCCCAGUUUUUUGCUUUGAGCGGGUUCCCUUGUCCAUCAUUGAUGAACCCUUCAGACCACUUCCUGAGGACUAUAAACAAGGACUUUGACAAGGAUAUCGAGGAAGGCAUGGACGGGAAGAAGAUGACGACUGCUCAAGCAAUCGACACGCUUGUCAACUCCUACAAAUCCUCCGUCCACUUGGAGAAAGUGACGCAUCACAUCCAAGACAUACGCGCCACCGGAGGGGCAGUGGUGAAGAAGGAGGAGAGACCGAGCUUUCUGACGCAGACCUGGGUGCUCACGAAGAGGUCGUUCGUGAACAUGUACAGGGACCUGGGCUAUUACUGGCUGCGUUUCGCCAUUUACAUCGCACUGUGCCUCUGCGUCGGCACCAUUUACUACAACAUCGGCCACAGCUACGGAUCCAUCCAGGCUCGUGGCUCCAUGCUCAUGUUCGUCGCUGCCUUCCUCACCUUCAUGGCCAUCGGUGGCUUCCCAUCUUUCGUCGAGGACAUGAAGAUAUUUGGGAGGGAGAGGCUGAACGGGCACUACGGCGUGGGGUCAUUCGUGAUAGCGAACACGCUGUCGGCGACGCCGUACCUGGCGCUCAUCUCGGUGGCGCCGGGCGCGAUCGGCUACUACCUCACCGGGCUCCAGAGCAGCAUCGACCACUUCGCCUACUUCGCGGUGGUGCUCUUCACGACCAUGAUGGUGGUGGAGGGGCUGAUGAUGAUCGUGGCCAGCGCCGUGCCGGACUUCCUCAUGGGCAUCAUCACCGGCGCCGGCAUCCAGGGCGUCAUGAUGCUCAACGGCGGCUUCUUCCGCCUCCCCGACGACCUGCCCAAGCCGGUGUGGAAGUACCCCAUGUACUACAUCGCGUUCCACAAGUACGCCAACCAGGGGUUCUACAAGAACGAGUUCUUGGGGCUCACCUUCCCCAACAACCAGGCCGGCGGCGCCGCCACCAUCACCGGCCACGAGAUCCUGCGAGACUACUGGCAGGUGCAGCUGGGGUACAGCAAGUGGGUCGACCUCGCCAUCCUCGGUGGGAUGGUGGUGCUGUACAGGGUGCUCUUCUUCGUCAUCGUCAAGCUCAUCGAGAAGAUGAAGCCCAUGGUGCAGAGGCUCAGGUUCAGGAGCGACGCGCCGUCGGUGCACAUCGCCGAGAAUGGCUCGGCAGGAAGCCUUUGAUCCAACAUCGAUUGGGGCAGUGGUUUUUACCCAUAGGCAUCUGAUAUAUUAGUGGUGUGAUAUAUGUGAACAUUGUAUAUGCAAGGGUGAGAUGAUGUCAGUUUUUUUGUUUGAGAAAAGAAAAGGAAAAAUGUUUUUGUACUACUCGAGAGUCUACCCAAUAUAGAUUAUGUAUAUAUAUAUAUAUAUUACUGAAAA